AAACAUAAGAUGUUCUUAGAAGUGCUAGCUCUGGUUUGUCUGCUGUCAAAACCACUUGGUGCCAGAAACCCCGCAACUGCUAGUACGCCUGUGAUAUCUUAUAAUGUCAAAGAAAACCGUGCUCUUAGAGUUGCAGGAAACCCAGGAUCGUCCUGUGGACUCGAUAAAAACCUGUUUCAUGGCAGCAGCGAGUGUCUUAUUGCGUGUUUGACUAAGUCGAAUCAUUUGUAUGGCUUUGGAUGGAAUAAGAAUUCAUCGGAGUGUCGCUGCUGCAGGCAGCCCAUUUUGACCGGUGCAAAUAAAGUUGACGACGAAGGCUGGGAAACAUAUUUGGCAGGUUGUUUAGAUAGCUUCUCUAUCGUGUAUCACGAGGAAACACCAAGAUGUCUGUAUCACAUGAACCAGCGAAUUGACAUGCCACAUUCAGAGGCAAUGUCAACUUGCGAAAAUCUUGGAGGGAUAUUGGUUAAAUCCCCAUCUCAUGAUUAUAAUUGGAUGAAGGCGUUGGUCAACUUCAUUGGUUCCGGUUUUUCUUUCGAAGUUGUCGAAGAUGAUGCUCUCAAGCCAUUUAUUUGUGAAAAGGAUCCUGCUUUCGAAAUCUGAAAUUAAACGUUUGGUUACUUAAAACAUUCAAAGAACAAAACUAUGGACAAAUGGAGAAUAUCAUCUUAACUAGUAACUGUUUUA